CUCACAUUUCAGCAUUUUUUCACUUUCACUUCCUCAUAAAGCCUCAGAGUCAGAGAUUUAUCACACUGCUCGUAUUCGCCAUUUUAACACCGUCCUCUCCUCAGCGCUUUCUUAAGCACGUAACUUUCCACCUUCAUUUUGGCUGUUUUGUUUGAUUGGUGUUUGACUGGUGUUUGAUUGGUGUUUAUCGCUGUACUGGAGAGGUCUCUGUGCGGGAGAGAGGACUCGGAGCUCGGGAAGCGGUAGGCGCAUUUCAUCCCUCACCUUAUUUUCUCCCUCGUGUUUGUUUUGUGUUUAAGUUUCACUUUCUGUCUGUUAUUAUUCUGCAGAAUAAAAUUUAAACAAAGAAAACCUUAGUUUAACCUCUUCACUACUCACUGUUUCUUAAUGUCCGGUUUUACUAAGUACUAAAACAGCGUUUAUUUACACUGUGAGGUGAAACAGCUCUGAUACACACUAACUAAAUAACUAACUAACUAACUACCAUUACACUAACAGCUUUUCAGGUCGGUAUUAAACACACUUCACAAUCCAGCAUGUACUCUCGGUUCUACGACUCCACUCUGAUGUACUAAAGUAAACUAAAUUAUGCUAUGCUAAGCUAAGCUACUUGAAGCUAAGCUAAUGACUAGCUCUAUGUGAGCUGCAGUCUCCGAGCUGAAUUCGUGCGCGAGCGCGCGUUAAGGCUGAGGAGAAUGAGUCUCCGCCCACUGGCUCGCGCGUCACUGCAGUCACCCGGAAGUGUAUAGAGUAGGGUUUUUUUUUUUAUUUUUUAUUUAUUUUUUUCUUUUUUUUAUUUUUUAAACAUCUUCACGCAGCAAACAGGCAUGAUCACUGUUGAGCACACCAACAAUAAAUCCAAGCAGCAUGCUGGAUUGUUACGAAAUGGUCCCAGCAUCGUUCAUGGGCAGAAAGUUCUGUGUGAAAGUGUUUGGUUUCUGAUACACAGCACUCCCCGCAGGCCACACCCAGACAGCCCUGUGAACAGAGAACCGAUCUGAGGUCGGCACGUUAUUGUGUGAUGGCUGCUUGUUUCUGAUGGACAAUGUUUCCCGCAGACGGGAAUUAGACUUGGAAUAAAAUUGGACAGGAUGGAGCUAGUGUGAGAGUUCUAUAGAGAGUUAAGGCUCCUUAAUUCUAAUGAUGGGCUGUGAGGAUCAGGAUGGAGCCGAAGCUCCUCUCGAUGCCUGUAGGUUACUCACACAUCACCGAGAGGUUUUAGUGGAACUGGUGAAAAAUACACAGUGCAUUUUAGACAACCUGAAGAUGAAUGGCUUCAUCUGCAAUGAAGACAUUGAGAUUAUCCAGCGUUCAUUCACUAAAACAGAGCAGGUGCGUAAAAUCUUGGAGUUGGUGCAGAGUAAAGGUGAAGAGGCUUCUGCGUAUUUUAUUCACAUUCUGUACCAGGCAUAUGACGCAUUCAUCGACCUUCGGCCUUGGUUUAACACAAUUCACUACAAACCUGCCGAGUGUGUGAAGGACAUACCUGUGAUUAACACAGACCCCAUUAGUAGAUACAGUGAGAAACUCAGACAGGAACUUGGCAGAGACACUCAGUUCCUCACCUCUUACUCUCAGAAGGAAGAGACGCGACUGGAGGAGUUUUAUACAGACACACAGAUGGAAAUCCUGAAUGAGCGAGGAGAGAGUCUGGGCUUCCUGAAGAGUCUGGAUGAGAUUCUAGGAGAAGAAGGUGUGUUUAACCAGCAGGCUGGGACCAUCUUAAUCACAGGUGAUGCUGGAGUGGGAAAAUCUAUUCUGCUUCAGAAACUACAGAACCUGUGGUCCAAAAGAGAGCUGAACACCAGAGCAAAGUUCUUCUUCACAUUCAGAUGCAGAAUGUUCAGCACCUUUAAGGAGACUGAUGAGAUCUCAGUGAAGGAUCUGAUAUUCAAACACAAUUGCUAUCCAGAUGAAGACCCGGAUGGCGAGGUGUUCAGCUACAUCCUGCGAUUUCCAGAGUCCAUACUUUUCACGUUUGAUGGAUAUGAUGAAAUCCAGAUGGACUUUGAUCUAGAAAACAUACCAGAGGUGGUUUCUCCUGAGGAAAGGACACACCCACUUUUAGUUCUCAUGAACCUGCUGAGAGGAAAAUUGCUCAAAGGUUCCAGAAAAAUCCUAACGGCUCGAACCGGCACAGAAAUCCAGAGCAGAGUGAUCCGGAAGAAAGUGUUUCUUAGAGGCUUCUCACCAGAACACCUCAAACAAUAUCUGUCUCAUCAUUUUCCCGUGCAGGAGCAGAGGGAUAUGGUAUCUGUGCAGCUGGACGCAAACCCUCACCUCUGUGGUCUCUGCUCUUUCCCAUUGUUCAGCUGGAUCAUUUUCAAGAGCUUUAAGCACCUUCAGAGUGUGUACGAUGAUGUCGAGCUGCCGGACUCAUGCAUCACUCUCACCAACGUCUUCCUCCUGCUGGCGGAGGUGUCCCUGAGCCGGAGCAGUACGAGUGCUGGACUCUUGAAUAGAAGCACACGCUGCACCGUAGACACAUUUAAAUCAGGGCUGAAGGUGCUCUCUGCCUUCGCCAAGCUUGCACUGCUGGGUCUGGAAAAGAGCAGCUUCAUUUACACCCAUGAUGAGGUUUCAUCCUGUGGCCUUAGCGAUGACGACAUACAAGUUGGAUUUCUGAGGCCCGUCAGUCACUACAACACAUGUGGCACUUUGGCAACUUACGAGUUUCUCCAUGUGACACUGCAGGCAUUUCUGGCUGCAUUUUGUCUCAUCUUGGAUCUGCACAUCAUUCCUGAUGGGAUCCUGAGGUUCUUCUCUAAGUGUGAAUACCAUAAGGCAUCCCAAUUGACCUGCCUGUCCUGUUUGGGGACAUCGUCCCAUCCAAGAAAUUCAGAUCCCUUUCAGACGAAUGAGCACUUUCAGUUCACAAACCUGUUCCUGUGCGGCCUGUUAUCCAAAUCCAACGCCUUCCUCCUGGAGCACCUUGUCCCUCCAGCAUCACUGAAGAAAAAGCGAAAGGCUCUGAAGUACUACUUUUCCUCCAGCGUAAAGACACACCUGAGUGGCCUGCCUCGCUACCCAAGCACCGACAUCAAGGGAAAUAAAGUGCAUGUGAUGCCAAACUUCCUGUGGAUGCUGCGCUGUAUAUUUGAGACUCACAGCGAGGACGUGGCUCGUCUGACAGCUAAAGGAAUCUCAGCAGAUUACCUCAAACUGGCAUACUGUAACAUCUACUCAGCCGACUGCAGCGCUCUCAACUUCGUCCUUCAUCACCACAGGAAGUAUUUAGCAGUCGAUCUGGACAACAACAACAUCAGCGACUAUGGUGUGAAGCAGCUCACUCCUUUGUUUAGCAAAAUGACCGUAGUCAGGUUUUGUGUGAAUCAGCUGACCGACAGCAGUGUGGAAGUUUUGGCUACAGAACUCAUCAAACACAAAAUCGUUAAGGUUUUGGGACUUUACAAGAAUCACAUCACAGAUGUCGGAGCCAAACUGGUGGCACAGAUAAUCGAUGAAUGUCCUCACCUGAGAACUGUCAAGCUCGGCUAUAAUCAUAUCACAGCCGUGGGUGCGACAUUUCUUGCUGAAGCUAUUCGGAAAAGCAAAUCGAUCUUCGAUGUCGGCAUGUGGGGGAACAGUAUUGGAGACGACGGUGCUCAUGCUUUCGCUGAGGCAAUAAAGAACCACAGCAGCUUAACGAAUCUCAGUCUGUCCGCAAACGAGAUCACAUCUGAGGGAGGAAUAAGUUUAGCGAGAGCGUUAACGCUAAAUUCCAGCCUUCACAUCUUCUGGCUGAUUCAAAACAACAUCUCAGACGAUGCAGCAGUGGAGCUAGCCAAAGCGUUUCAGAAGAAUUCGGCGCUCACACACCUCAUGUUAAAUUACAAUCAGUUUUCUGCUCAUGGAGUUGAACACCUCGCUGAAGGUCUGAAACACAACACAACAAUUAAAGAAGUCAAUUUAAAGGGGAAUCAGAUCAGUGUAGAGGACGAGUUUCGCUUCAAGGAGGAGAAAAGACUUCGAUUCUGUUGAGGAUUAAACACCACACUUCCUGUCAGACCACUGACACAGCAGUGUUUACACACCUGUACUGCAGUGUCUCAAGCAGCGUCCAUGUCUUAUUCCCAGCUCAGCCCUUAGCCCCUGACCCUGCCUGUCCCCACCAUGGCCCUGCCUUGACCCCGCCCUGGCCCCAUCUAUCACAAACUCCUCAUAACACAUCUUCAACUCUUACUCUCCUUGUGAACAUUUAAGCUCUCUUGCCCAUGAACAAGCCACACCACAGAUGUGCACCCUGUCUGGAAUACUAUUGUAUUUCUGAAUGAGUGUCCUGCCUAGACAUCUGUCUGUCAGUCUGUCUGUCUGUCUGUCAGUCUGUCUGUCUGUCUGUCUGUCUGUCUGUCUGUCUGUCUGUCUGUCUGUCUCCUUCUCUGUCUAUCUGUCUGCACUUGACUCCUGUCUUGUCAGUGCACAUGGAUCUAAGAGCCAAUCUGAGCGGUGAACCAGACUCAAAAUGGAACCCAUCCUGAAACCAAUGACACCACAUAAUACAAUUAUAAAUAAUUUCAAUUAUAAAUAAAGUUAUUAACUGUUCUAUGAUGGA